AUGUGGGCCUCCGUUCUCGCUCUCCUCGCUGUCCCGGCCGUCUGUGCCCAGGUCAUCCCCACCGGUCCCAACGGCCCCACCAACCCCGACCACCCCGAGUUCAUCCCCGUCGGCGAGACUGUCAACCAGGGCUCGCUCUCGCGUCUCAUCUCGGUCAACGCCAUCGACGACUUCUGCAUGUACGCUCCCAUGGAGCCUGGACCCGACUCGACCAUCGGUAACCACGAGCACGACCUCGUCGCUUGGUGCACCAAGCCCCGUAACGGCGCUCGACUCAUCCCUGACGGCACGAUCCACGCUGCCCAGUUCAUCCGCACCCCCGCGUACGUCCAGGUCGCCGGCUGGUGGGACGGCACCAAGCUCAACAUCCCCCACGGCGACAACGGUGGUGAGCUCGACCCCCACGGCGCUACGGGCGAGGGCAACCCCGUCGGCGGCAACGUCACGACCAACAUCCAGGGCCGCCAGGGCGACACCUUCUACGAGGAGUGGAUGAUGUUCAUCUCGUACGACCAGUUCUGCGCUCGUAUCUGUACCGCCGAGGUCAAUGGCGUCACUGUCGCCAAGCAGUGCGACCACAUCUACGACCUCAUGGGCUGCCAGUGGGUCAUGGCCAUCGACGACGACGACUACUACAACAUGAACAAGUUCGAGUCGUGCGAGGGCGACAUUGCUGCUGCCCCCGGUGUCUACGGCGCCUCCACCUUCUACCAGGGCCAGCACCCCACUCCCUCCGCCCCGGCCUUCUACCCCAAGAAGUCCAACUGCCACACCUGGGACACGAUCUCGAACGGUGUCGGCGGUGACAUGAAGGUCACUGCUUCGCCUACUCUCUUCCAGAACCAGAAGUGCCCCACUGGCAAGUAA